UUCGGCUAUAAAUACAAUUGUUACCAAAGGAUAUUGCGUUAAAAACUCAACUGUGUUAUCCUAGAUAAGUACCAAACAAAGUUAAACGGUCGCAUCUUAAAAACGUGAAAUUAAAAGUUAAAAUUUUUUAUUGAAUAAUAAAAUAUAAAAGUUUUCGAAUAUUUUCGGCAAAAAUUUAAACAAAAAUAACUAUAAACUAAAUAAUUAAAUUUACUGUAACGAAAAGCACAACAACAAAACCAAGUAAGAGUGAUUCACUUUUUUUCUUUUUGUGGUCACGACUAUCCAAAAACAGACAAAGAAGAAGCAAGGAGCCAUCCAAGCAACAGCAGCUGAGACUCCUCUUUAAACGAAAUCCCAAAGAAAGGAAGAAAAAAAUCAUUCUACUGAAAUAAACAUCAAUACUUGAAUACAACAGCAAACGAAAGUGAAAUUUAACAAAAUUUUAUUUUUAUUGCUGAGUUGGUACGAAAAUAAAAGCAACAGCAGCAGUAUACACAGCAACUGCAACUGAAAACAAUAAAUACAGCAGCCAACAACAACAACAACAAAUAAAUCGUUAAACCGGAAACGUAUAAAAAUGCAUUUCAAUAAACGUGGUAGCAAUGACAACAACAUGAACCUUUUAACUUCAUCAUCACCAUCACAUUUAGCUGCUUCUACAUUGUCUUCUUCAUCGUCAUCAUCGUCGCCAAACUCAUCUUCAUCAGCGUCAAAAACAAAAACUACAACAACACAUGGCGGUCUGAGUUUAGGUCUUUGGUGGCUCCUUCUGAUGACUGUUAUUUUAAUGGCCCAACAACAGCCUUGUGAAUGUCGUUACUUACCGACAAGGUCACAUGGCGAUGAUUUGGAUAAAUUGCGUGAGUUAAUGUUGCAGAUCUUGGAAUCCAGUAAUGAAGAUGGUGGAGUCCAACAGCGACCACCAAAUGAGGCAAAUGGCAAUACUUUGGCUGCUGCAGCCCAACGUGCUAAUUGGUUGAAUAAAUUGGGCGGUAAUAUGGAUAAUAUGGAUGUACCCAGGAAAUAUAAUGCUCCACGUGGCAUUUACGAUAAUGGACGUUACUAUUAAAAUCUAACAUUAAUAUGGCAAACAUUUUACAAAUAAAAUGCAAAAGGAAAAUAUCUAACAAAGUAGAUGUUUAAAAAAAGUUUAUGAUUUUUCCUUUUUUGGUUAAAAAUUUUAAAAUGCAAGCAAAAUGUUUUGUGAAAAAAAAUUACACCACCAAAAAGAAAAAAUAAUUUUAUUUAUUACCAAAAGCAAAUCACAAAUUUAAAUGUCAAUGAAGGUCGUAUAAUGUUAAUUAUUUUAUUUUUAUAUUUAAUUAAUAAUUAAAACAUACUUUUUAUUUAAAGGCUGUUUACUGUAAAGUUCCUAUUAAAUGUCAUAUAUAAAAUUAAAUGAAUUUAUGAAAAUUAUGUCAAUGUAAAAAUUGUUCAUCAUUUGUAACCCCGCCCUCACUCUCUCUCUCCUAUACUUUUUCAUAAAAAUGUUGUGUUAAAAACCUUAAGCUUCUUUAUAUAAUAAAAAUGGGGAUUUUAAAAAAAAUUAAAUAUUACUAUUUGAAAAUAAUUUAUUCAAUGUUUAACAAAUAUAUGUCAAAGAAAAAAAUGCUAAAAAUAAAAUUCUGAAGAAAUAAUUGUAACCUGAAAA